GAACCCUUUUGCCUCACUUCCUAGAAGGCAGCUUACGCCUCUCCUUCUCCCUGCUCUCUCAAGUCCCCACCGCCGCUAUCUCCGCCUCUCUCCGGCGAGCUCGUCCUGUUUUCCUCUUCUCUCUGCGUUCUGCGCUCUGCUUCUGUUCUGCUAUCAGGUUCUUUCUACAUUUGAGGAACUGAUAAAACAGUGUGAACUCUGUCCAAAUUUCAAUAGAAUAAGAAGGUGUUUCAGACUGCACUGGUGAAGCUGACGCUCCCUUAAACCACAACACAGAAGUAGGACCUUAAAAAACUUGCUUCAAAGAUGCAGCACGAUGAGGUUAUAUGGCAAGUUAUCAGGCACAACCAUUGCAGUUACAUGGCCAAAAUUCCGACGGUGAUUUUAUGUAGAAACCCUUACAACGUCACUGGACUCUGUAACCGAAGCUCCUGCCCUUUAGCUAAUAGUCGUUACGCCACCAUUCGAGAUGACAAUGGAGUGUUUUAUCUUUACAUGAAAACUAUAGAAAGAGCUCAUAUGCCAAAGGAUUUGUGGGAAAGAGUUAAGCUGCCUAGGAAUUAUGAGAAGGCGCUUGAAGUCAUUGACAAACAUCUGAUGUAUUGGCCCAAGCUUCUUAUACACAAGAUCAAACAACGUUUGACCAAAAUGACCCAAUACCGGAUACGUAUGAGGAAACUUGCUUUGAAGACAAGGGAGAAAAUAAAGACACUUCCAAGGAAGGAGCAAAAGAGAGAAGCUAGAAGAGAAGCAAAGGCUGAAAUAGCAGCUGUGUUAGAUAAGGCUAUUAAAAAAGAGCUGGUAGAACGCCUUCAAAAACAAGUUUAUGGUAUUGUGAACAUCCGUGAAGAAGUUAUUAAAGAAAUUAUUGCUGAUGCUCAGCAAAUUCAACCUGAGGAUGAAGAGGAUCAUCCAGUAGAAUUUGUUGAAGGUUAUGAAUCUGGAGAGGAAGAUGACAUAGAAGAUUUUGAUGGUUUUGAGUCUCAGGGCGGUGAUGGUGAUGAGAAUGAAAAUGCUGGAAGCACUGAUGAUGAGGAGGCAGAAGCACUUGAUCAAAGGAGAGCAAGAAGGAAAAUGACUUUAGCUUCAAAGAGACAUGAAAAGGACAUCCUUGAUUCUAAAUCAAAGAAGAAGGCAAGGGUCCUUGUUGAGGUGGAGCAUGAGGAUGCUGAUGAAAGACAAAGAUUGGUGAUGUAGUUGCAGUUCACAUUGGUUAUUGAUAGGAGAAAAUCUGGUAUAUGAGAAUGGAGUUUUAAUUUUUAAUUCUUCUAAUUAGUUUGCACUUCAGGGUGGGGCACUGAAUUUUUUUUCCGCACUGGAUUCUAAAUUAUAGACAUUUUAUUUUUCCUUCAGAUUUUUCAGUUUGUUAUAAAGAAAAUCUGUGUUGGCAAUUGUCAUGUGUAAGUUUGUUGGAUAAAGCGAACAUCUCAAUCCUACAUCCACUGAGGAUGUUACUUUUCAAAUUUUGUAUUACGUGGAUCUUCACGAUUUUGGUUGAAAGAGAUUACAUGAUUUUCCAACAAAUUUUAUUUA